AUGGACGCGGGGGGGCCCGCCGCCUACGGCAUGGACAAGCAGUUCGCCCCCAACCCGGUGCGGAUUUUGGAUCCUCCGGACAACCCGCAGGCCAGGAAGAACUUCAGCGUCAGCCACCUCCUGGACCUCGAGGAAGUCGCCGCCGGCAUGAACGGAGCCCCGGAAGGCGGCGUCGCCGAGGCCAGGGAAGGCGGCAAGGGCGGCCCGGAGCCGUCGGGGGGCAGCAGCGGCAGCGAGGCUGGAGGCGCGCUCCAAGAAGGAGAGAGCUUGAGCCCAACCCGCAGCUCUGCCAAACGGAAGAAGAAGCAAAGGAGGAACCGCACAACCUUCAACAGCAGCCAGCUCCAGGCCCUGGAGAGGGUUUUCGAGAGGACCCACUACCCUGAUGCCUUCGUGCGGGAGGAGCUGGCGCGGAGGGUGAGCCUGAGUGAAGCCAGAGUGCAGGUCUGGUUUCAAAACCGAAGAGCCAAGUUCCGCCGUAAUGAGCGAGCCAUGCUAGCCAAUCGGUCGGCGUCUCUCCUGAAAUCCUACAGCCAGGAUGCGGCCAUUGAACAGCCCAUGGCCCCCCGCCCUACCAGCCUGAGCCCGGACUAUCUCUCCUGGUCUACCACAUCCCCCUACAGCACAGUGCCUUCCUACAGUUCCAGCGGUGCCACCACGCCCACCCAAGGGGUGAACAUGGCCAACAGCAUUGCCAGCCUGCGCCUUAAAGCCAAAGAGUUCAGCCUCCAUCAGAACCAGGUGCCCACCGUGAACUGACAGCAGGGCCCUGAGGCAUCAUGGGAAUCCUGCCUCUUGCGUGCCCCAGUCGCGCUCUUCUCCUGCCCCACCCACCAGCAUCGAUUCUGGGUUGCUGAGCAACCCAGACCUCAGUGAUUCAUGCGCCAGCAACGCCAAAUUCCGUCAUGCAGUCUCUUCGUUUCCUUUGUACCCCAGAUGAAGACAGAGGGAGCGUUGACAGAAUUCUGUGAAGCUC